AUGGCCCAAAUCAUCCUUGGACCUCACAAUGGAAUCUCUAUCAAUGGAACUCGACCUCGCAGACCAAAGACACGCAAAUUACUUACAACAGAGAGCAAACUGACUAAUGAAUUUCAGCUUGUUCCAAUGCCCAUAAUCCAUCCUAUCCAAAUCUUAAGCUUAUUUCCUGGAGAAGAUUGGCAAAUUGAAUGCACAGAAGGCGACCAGUACAACAUCACUCUAAAAAAUGUAGAUUCAAUGGUCAAAUUUCUUGCUGUACUUGACCAAUGGGCUCAAACAACAUCCCUUCCGCAAUCCAUCCCCUCAACAAAUAUCUCUGUCGCAAAAAAUUCUCUUCAGUAUAAUCCAGCCGCCUUCCCAUAUAUAAACUUUCACAGCGAACUUUAUGUUAAGACUGCUUGGAAACCGACUAUGGAAUGGGCGAACUUUGACGCCAUGCUUUUGACCCUCUUGGACGACUGUGUACACUAUUAUAUUGACUGUAUGAACCAUUACUAUCCAGUUAUACCCAAGCAACAACUUAUUCAAUGGUAUGCAUCUCUUGAUGAUCCUGCUAGUGAUCCACUUGCACUAAGCAUUGCAACGUUUUGGGUACGACAUGUACUCAUUCAUCAUCCUCCGGCCCCUUUGCGACAUCUUAACGAAAAAACAAUUCCAGACACCGUUCAAGCCAAACUAGCAUCCUUGGCACGAGAAGCACUGUCAAAUUGCUUUGACAUUCCACAUACACACCAUAUCCUUGCAUUAUGUCUAUUAAACAUGACUACUGUAAUUCCCAUAUCACAAAAGGCAUUAUAUCAUACAGUAGCUGUUCGGAUGGCUCUUGCACUUGGUAUAAGUCCAUUGGUAUGGGAUCAGACGGCUAUAUAUAACGAUAAAAAUGUGCUAGACAACCGACUCUGGUGGUACUUAUACCAGAUCGAUCACUUUCUACAUGAAUCUGGUGCAAUAUCAUGCUCAAUGCUUCAACCGCAAUCUGACAAUCAUGAAGAUCUGGCAAGACUACAGCGCCCUGGUCCCUGCUCGCUGGACGAGCUGGAAGAACAAACUGGUGUAGUAGUAUGGAGUAACGUUCUCAAGGUGUGGCUACUACGCCGUCGUUUGGUGCUUGAGUUAGAAAGGGCAAACAUGGAAGAUCCGGUACACUUGAAACAUUUAUUAGAUAAGGUUGUCGACGCUAUUGGUACCUGGGCAUCUGAGUUGCCCGCUUAUCUCAAACCGGGGGCCUUUCUCGAUACUCCUGGAGGUCCACUAGCUGAACAGUGCUACUCAAUCUCUAUGGAAAGAUGUACGAACCUUGCUCUUUUGCUACAUCGCUUCCUACCUCUUGAUGGAACUACCCUCAAUCCACUUCAACGCCAAGCAAUUAUGAUGAUGAUUGAUGGCUCUAUUGAGCUUAUAAGCUUACGGCUCGCUGUUCUUCAGUUCGCUCCAUGUCAAACUUGGCCAGGUGAUCUCAGGCGCUCUGUUGAGCUGCUGGUACAGAGUCUUAAAUACAACGACUCUGCUAUCACUGCUCGAUGUAAGCUUGGUCUUAUGCGAGCUCUUCGAAUUCUAAGAUCUAUGGCUGAAGUAAGAUGGGAGGAUGAUAUUUGUAUUGAAAUGAUUGCCAAGAUUGAGAAAAUCAUUAUCCCCUCUGGAACUUGCUCUAAAGGGAAACUAAUAAUGGAUAGCUCACCUGAAAUUGCUUCAAGAAGUAUCAAGAUUUCAAAUAACCUAUACGAAGGUGUCAUGAUGUUUGAUCGCGACCUUCAGCCAAGAGCACAAUAUUACAACCCAACACCCACCGAUGGAUCAGGAAAUUUCACAUUUAUUGAAGAUCCUGCCCAAAAUUUCUCUGCAACAUAA